GAACCGUGAGCAAGCGAACGACUCAGUCCCCGGGCGGCGGCGGCGGCGGCAGCCGGUGGGGCGCGACGGCCGGGGUGGGGGAGCUGCUGCUGCGGGGGGCAGGCGGCGGUAACGGCGGCGGUGGUCCGCACCAGCCAUGCCGAAUAAAAACAAGAAGGAGAAAGAAUCACCAAAAGCAGGGAAAAGUGGAAAAAGUUCAAAAGAAGGACAAGACAUAAUAGAAUCAGAGAUUCCCAGCAGGAAAAACAACCUUGUUGCUGCCCCGUCUGCAGUAUCUAGUAAAAUAAAAGUGCCAGCCCCUCAGCCCGUAGUGAAGAAAGACAAACGGCAAAAUUCUUCCAGGUGUAGCGCCAGCAAUAAUAGAGAACUUCAAAAACUACCAUCUUUAAAAGAUGUUCCUCCUGCUGAUCAAGAGAAGCUUUUUAUCCAGAAGUUACGUCAGUGUUGUGUCCUCUUUGACUUUGUUUCCGAUCCACUAAGUGACCUAAAGUGGAAGGAAGUAAAACGAGCUGCUUUAAGUGAAAUGGUAGAAUAUAUCACCCAUAAUCGGAAUGUGAUCACAGAGCCUAUUUACCCAGAAGUAGUCCAUAUGUUUGCAGUUAACAUGUUUCGAACAUUACCACCUUCCUCCAACCCUACGGGAGCAGAAUUUGACCCAGAGGAAGACGAGCCAACGUUAGAAGCAGCCUGGCCUCACCUGCAGCUUGUUUAUGAGUUUUUCUUAAGAUUUUUAGAGUCUCCAGAUUUCCAACCUAAUAUAGCGAAGAAAUAUAUUGAUCAGAAGUUUGUAUUGCAGCUUUUAGAGCUCUUUGACAGUGAAGAUCCUCGCGAGAGAGAUUUUCUUAAAACUACCCUUCACCGAAUCUAUGGAAAAUUCUUAGGCUUAAGAGCUUACAUCAGAAAACAGAUAAAUAAUAUAUUUUAUAGAUUUAUUUAUGAAACAGAGCAUCACAAUGGCAUAGCAGAAUUACUGGAAAUACUGGGAAGUAUAAUUAAUGGAUUUGCCUUACCACUAAAAGAAGAGCACAAGAUUUUCUUAUUGAAGGUGUUAUUACCUUUGCACAAAGUGAAGUCUCUGAGCGUCUACCAUCCUCAGCUGGCAUACUGUGUAGUGCAGUUUUUAGAAAAGGACAGCACCCUCACUGAACCGGUGGUGAUGGCACUUCUCAAGUACUGGCCAAAGACUCACAGCCCAAAAGAAGUCAUGUUCCUAAAUGAACUAGAAGAGAUUCUAGAUGUCAUUGAACCAUCAGAGUUUGUGAAGAUCAUGGAGCCUCUCUUCCGGCAGUUAGCCAAGUGUGUCUCCAGUCCCCACUUUCAGGUGGCAGAGCGAGCGCUGUAUUACUGGAAUAACGAGUACAUCAUGAGUCUCAUCAGUGACAACGCAGCAAAGAUUCUGCCCAUCAUGUUUCCAUCCUUGUACCGCAACUCAAAGACCCACUGGAACAAGACGAUACAUGGCUUGAUAUACAACGCGCUGAAACUCUUCAUGGAGAUGAACCAAAAACUAUUUGAUGACUGCACCCAGCAGUUUAAAGCAGAGAAACUGAAAGAGAAGCUAAAAAUGAAAGAACGAGAAGAAGCGUGGGUUAAAAUAGAAAACCUAGCCAAAGCAAACCCCCAGUACGCAGUGUGUAGUCAAGCGAGCACCAUGAGCCUUCCGGUGGCAGUGGAGACAGAUGGGCCUUUAUUUGAAGAUGUGCAGAUGCUGAGAAAGACAGUGAACGAAGAGGCUCGCCAGGUAAAAGUGCACAGAGCUAAGCUAGUCGGUCGGGAGGAAAGCAGUGUCAACCAUGCAGUUAAGGAAGGUGUAGAAAGACGGAAGGUGGGAAGUGAAGGUAUUCCUUACUCAGCACAGAAGGACCUGAAGAAGGACCGGCCCCUGGUGCGCCGCAAGUCCGAGCUGCCCCAGGACCUGCACACCAAGAGCGCCCUGGAGGCCCACGGCCGUGCUGAGGAGCUGGUCCCCCAGGACGGGCGCUAGCCCCGACGCUGUGUGGGCACCAGUCCUGCUCCGAUCUGUAGAAAAUACACGCUGUGUGCCAUACAAAUCAGUUACACUCAAGUCAAAGCUUUCUCCAACCCCGUUCUGUACGCAAUAACAUCCUUCCGCCUCAGCUCGAGACUAGGAGUUCAAACAAUGGUGACCACCCAGGGCCACAUGCCACCCAUGGUGUCCCCUGCACGGUCCCAAGUAAGCCGGUUUUCCAAAAUCAGAGCUAAGGAAAGCACCCUAGUCAUCAUCUUCACGUUCUCCCCAAAUGGAAUUUGCGAUCAUUUAAGAUAGGUGGUCCAAUGAUAAUAUCAAUGUUUUUCAAAUCAAAGGAGCACUUUAAAAAAGUAUUACCUAUUUUUUAAGACUUUACAACCCUUGAGAUUGUUUCCACGUGAUUGUUAACGCCAGCAGUUUCUUUCUGGGGUUUUUUGGUUUGUUUUUGUCUUUUAAUCUCAUUGAAGUGGUUCUUUGCUGUCAUCGUUCCAACACAGCUCAACUGGGAAAGUGACACGACAGUCCCCGGCCGCUGUCUUUUCCUAAGGUACUGCUUUACUUUGACCAAUACCGUGCGUACCACGUCCUGCUGCUUCUGUGUAUCGCUAAAGCCAUAUUUCCAAGUCUGCGGUCCAGGACCAGGAUCCGGGAGUGAGCUCGUAGGAGAAAUUUGUUUUAAAAAGAGCUUUCUCUUGACUGGAAUUGGAAUUUUAAAGUGAUGUGUUCGUGUUUUACUCUUUGCAGAAUGAUUUCUCUCUACUUACACGUUGUUGCCCUUGAACAAGGCUCUUCAAUUAAUAAAAUUAUAUUCUCUGAGAAUUCCACAUUUUGUAGAAAAUUAGGACGAGAUCAUUUUGAGUGAGGCCAGCUCUCGGCCUGAUGCAGGCCACUGCUGCCUUUGGGCAAAAGUAGCAGAAACAGCGCCGUGGGCAGGCACCCCCCUCCCCACAGUGUGGCCCUGAGGGCUUCGUGGAGGCGGCAGCAGCGAUGGCUUCCAAGGAGUCUCUUUCUGUUGAAAAGAGCGCACGUAAUAGAUGCCUCGUAAGGAAAAUACAGCGUCUUGAGUUUUCAUCGGUCUUCAAUGCUGCUAAAUAUUUCAGACUUCCUUGCAUGUAUUAAGCUUUUUGUUUUUGAUGGAACAGCACGAGGAGAAAAAUCUUUAAACUUAAUGCUUUGUUCGUUAUUUCUCUCCGGGUGGCCAGUAUUUUGACUUACUUAUCCUGCUUGAAAGCUAUUUGAGAUGCGUACUGCUGCUCUAAACCAGUGAUUCUAGUUUCUUCUGUCUCUGGCAUAAGAUUCUAUAACUUGAUGUUAAAUGUCUUGAUGCAUCAAAGGUGAAACGUGGCUUCUUUCAGAAUCUGUUUUUUAGUUGAGGUCUUGGGAAUCCACUCAGACGUUGUGAGAAGCAGACGUGGUUCCCUGUGCAGCUGUGGUACCUGCUGCCCGUUGGUUUCACUUAAAUCCUUUGAUGAUGUUUAUUUCCUUGUUUCCUGUAGGAAAAUCAUUUGGAGGGAGGGGAUUUCUUGUGUUCAAAGCAAGUACUAAAUUAGGAGGCUGCCCCAGCUGAAAGGGGAGAAGCCCGCUUUGUGAGGAGGAACAUUUCCUGAGAAACUUGACAAGUAUCCAUCCACUUUACCAUGAUGAAAUUUAUCAUUUAAAAAAAGUUUAGAUGCCUUCUCCUUUUGAGGGAAAAAGGGUGCUUUUUAUUGUAUAAAGCAGUGUCUUAUGUAUUUUGAUAAACCAUUGUUUGAACUUCCGUCUUUAGCUGAUAGAUUCUCAGAUAUACUUGAUUUGGAUGUUCUCAGUUAUGUUUGCGACAGAGGUUUCUGGGAAGCCUCUCCUCUUGCCCUAGGGAAAAAGCAAAAUAUCAGUGUUUGGGUGAUGUGGAAAGCUCAACGUAUAAGAACAUCUUUUUGUCUAGGUUUUACUUCUGCUCUUUAUUGAAGACAAACAUUCACCAAAAAGGGAGGGAAAAAAAAGUUUUGAGAGAAACUAAUUUUCUUUGACAAGAGUAUUAUUUAAUAUUUUGGCCUAUGAAAGUUUUCCUAGUUAGUACUCAGAUUCCCUGUGCUAAUUGUUCAACUGACAUAUUAUUACAUAGAUACACUGUUUAUUCUGUACCAAAUUGAUUUCAGAAGUACUACAUUGAAAAUAAACUGGUGACUGUUUUUCUUCAUAAAGUUCUGCGUUUGGCAUCUUCACUCUUUCUGAAAUGUAUCUGUACAUCAGAAAUGUCACUAUUCCGAGUGUCUUUUUAGUGCAGCUUUAGUAUGGCUUCCUUUUAAUAUUGUACAUACAUUGUACCUUUGUUUUAUGGUAAUGAGUAAUAAAAAUGUAGACUUCAUAUUUUGUACAAAAUGUCCUAUGUACAGAAUAAAAAAAGUUCAUAGAAACAGCAAAAAUAGGUAAGUGGCACAAUUAUUUUUCUUCAGAAAAUAUCUGUAACUUUAUGCUUUAGUGAAAU